AUGUCAGUUCGUCGAACUAGGAAACACACGCUAACCGACGAGGAACGGCUGGAUAGACUAUAUCCCCUGCCACCGCAACCACCCGAUCAGUGUCGCGAUGCGUUCCUCAGGGAGUUGCUCCCGCCGCAAGAGCCCAUUUCAUAUGGCUCGGUCGAAUUUAUGGAGGAAGCGUCCAUAACGUCCGAUGAUAGCAUAUUGUCCAAACAAGUUGGAAGCGGUGUCGAGGCGAGGAUCGUGGACGAAUUUGUAAAACAUCGCGCCGCCAUAAUCCCAAGCAGGCAAGCAAGGCUAUCCAUAAAACCCGUAUUGCAAGACGACAAAUUGCCCACAUCGGUCCUAAACAAGAUGCUAACGGAACGCUACGGCAGCAUAGCCAAGGCCAUCGGCUUUGUGGCCGUGCUCUUUCAGCUGACGGAGCUCAAGAACCGGAUGGCCGUGGUGCGUGAGAUGUGGAGGUUAAAGUCGAAUGUCGAUCGUUCCAUUCGCAUGUUCAGCUGGUCCCUCAAGGACUAUUUCAUGCGCUUCAAUAUACGCAAUACGGUAUACCUGGACACCAUUGAAUUGGAGCUGAAGGGUCAAAUGGACUGCUUCAAGUUUCGCAUGGAUCUCAAGGAAGUCAUACGGCUCAUUGAUGCUGUGUAUGAGGAUUUUAAGGCCAAGCGCAACAUCUGCAGCAGGUCCAUGUUAGUUAUAAAAGAUGCCCAAGUGGAUGUUAUGGAGCUGUUGUCGAGUUCCCAGAGGGAAGCUGAGGCGCAUCAUAAUCAACUAACAAAGGCUAUGCAGCAGACAUCACGUUUUGGCAAUCCGGGCGGACAAGCGAAAAUCCAUUACAUGGAUUGUUUGGCACCAAUCGAGGCACGCUACAAGAUAAACUGGGCGCAAUCAAUAAUGGAGCAGUCCAACUUGCAUGAUGAAUUUCGCAAUAAGGAGAUCUCAGACCAGUUGAACUAUUUCAAAGAGAAUCUCACGGAAGUUCGCUACCUUUGCGAUACCACAAACCUGGCCUAUGAUUUGGAGAUCAACAAUUACAAGGGACGCAUCGCUGAGACCGAGCAGGCAUACGAGGAGAGUAUGGAGCUAGUCGACAACGAGAUUAAUUUGACACGCAACAAGUUGAUCAAAGUCAAAGAUGAUCUAGCUUUUUGCAAGAGCCAAGUGCCCGUGUUUCAUCGAAAAAUUGCAGAGGUAAGGGAGAUUCUUACCAGCCAAGAAGAAGAGCCCAAGCGAGUCACGGAACGAAUAUCGACUCGUGUCUCAAAAAAGAUCUCAAAAAAUCUUCGAAAAGGAUGA